AUGAAGAUUGAAUACCCAAAGCAGUUCUUUCCUCUUGAGACAGCGUGCCAGUUAUGCCUUGGACAUCCUGCACUUGCAGAGGCUGUACUCGUUACCAAAAAAGCUAGGAUUGUCAGCAUGAUGGGCUUGAUAGAAAACAUUUCAACAUACCAUAGGAUAUGUCCACAGUGCAACAUGGUGUAUAGGUACCAGGAGUGGAAAGAUGGUCUUCACAACUUUGAUAACCAUAUUUUUCUCACCCUUGAACUUUGUCUGUUUCUCAGAGAAAAUGUUACUAACCAUGUGUCUGUGUCAAGAGUUGUGGAUUCAUUGGAGGGGUUAAGAGGAGAGAAGUUUCCACCCAGGAAUGUCAUAUUUCACGCCUAUUGCCACUUUGAGGCUUUGUGCGACACAGAGUACACUUACUCCUGUAUCAACUGUGGAUUUUACCCACCUGUGGUAGUCAUGGAUUUACACAGGAAAGGGGUUUUCAAGCUGGCAGUCAGUGACCUCAAAGCACCCCUGAUGACUUCAACGGAGAACAUGACAUUGAGAGUUGGAGUUGUGAGAAAAUUGUGCAAAGCCUGCAACAUCGACACCAAGGGCUCCCGCCUUGAUCUCAUAACAAGACUGAAGGAGAACAUGAAGAGCAGACAAACAUAUGACAAGGUCUUCCAAAGCAUAUGGGGUGCAUCUGGUGGAUGGUCUGUAAUACUUUGCCCACAUGGCAUUGUAUACAGCAUCAAAUUUAAUCUACGUGCUGAAAGUCCCAGGGACUUUGCAGACCUGUUACUCUCCUGGAAGCACUUUCCAAAUGUCUGUGUUUAUGAUUUUGCAAGAGGUUUGGCGACACACACCAAUUUGCGGGUUCCUCAUUCACUGCCUUUCCAGCCUUUUGAGGGCAGACUGUCUGAUCCCACAGAAGAGAAUGUGAAGGCAGCCAGGGAUGGGAAAUUGCUGGUAUCACUGCCAUGGCUACAUGAAAGUGUGCACUGUGGGGAGGAUAAUGCUCAUCUGGUCACUGGAUCAUCUGAGCACUAUGUCUUAUAUGACCGCUUCCAUGAGCAGAAUGCCACAGAUCCAAAGGACAUACUACGCAGGAUCCAACUUGUCCCUGAGCUGAAAGGGUGGUUGAAUAGCCAAGUUGCUGAGCAGUUCUUUGCCAAAAUGCGUAAAAGCAACUACUUCUUCAAUAACAUGACUCCAUCAACCCAUGCAUUUCUUAUGAGAAGUGUUAUCCAUCGUCAUAACACCUCCACAAAUAGAGCACUUCUGGAGAGGCAGUUAAACUCUGGAUGUCGGCUUGAACUUGUAAACACCAUCACCUUGUCUACUUUGGGACAAGCUGUCAUAGGUGAUGCAUCAAAACGACGAAGCACAACUGUGGUGGCUCAGGCAUCUUCAGCAACAAGAUCUCAACUCACUCCAGCCGAGCCAAGGUCAACUGAAAGCAUAGCUGCACAACCACCCACUGAUGAAGCACAAACACAAAAUGUUGGCCCUUCGCACCAUUGUGGGCAGCAUUGUGCAACACUUACUGCCAUCAGCAACCUCAGGCCCUGUAGAACAAUGUGGUCAGCUGGAGGAGAUCAUCCCCUCCAGGAACAGCUGGUCAGCUAUGUUCUGGAUGAGGGUAGGCCUGCCAAUGAAAUUAUGAUUAAGGAUGGCCCUACAUGUUUGACCAGAGAGAACCUGUUAUCUUUAGGUCUAAACAGGGAAAUGGACUCAAUGGUGGGAAAUGCUUGUCUGAGGCUUGUUAAGGAGAUGGUUGAGUUACAGGGGAAAAAGGUCUUUAUUAUGGACCUCCACAUCCCCCCAACAUGGCUCCCACCCUUGAGUUGUGACCCUCUAGGCAGUCUUCCUGUCAACUCCACCGAGAAAGAUGCACUUAUAUUCCCGCUGUGGACACAAGGCCAUUUUUUGCUAUGUGGGCUACCCCUACAACAUUAUGGGAUUGACUGUGGACUAUUUAUGGUUAUGUAUACCUGGUACAUAACUGUGGAGGCAGCCUUUGAUUUCACCACCUCUGACAUGCCAUAUCUGAGGAGUUGGUGGUGCAAGGAUUUGCUCGAGAACCUUGAGAUUGAGGGACAUGGUCGAAGAUUUGCGCAUUUUACACAGGAAGGCAGGAAGAUGGGGGAUGGAAGUCUGCCGCCCGUUUUUCGUGUCCUUAGGAAAAGGAGAUACAGCACUUUGGUACCUACGAUCCCAGCAAAGAUGUUAAGGGUUUCACAGGAUGGGGCUGUGGCCACUGACAUUUUGCAGUUGCCCGAUGACAUUCUCCAGAGGAUCCUUGUCUUUGUAGUUCUACAAGACGGCUGCUCUGCAAUCCCGAGGCUGGCUCUGACAUGCCAGAGAUUAAACAACAUUGUCAGCCAGGAGCAUUUUCAGCAGGAGGCACACUUCAGCUGGCUUGAUAGUGUAGUGAAUUGGAAAAGACUUUCAGAGAGACACCGUCAAAUGCACAGAAAGCCGUACACCAUCUCUAUAUGCAGCCGCCUACAAUGCAGCCAGCUUUACAAAGACUGUGGGGCUGGCUACCAGGGAAAUGGACAACGGGGAGUGCUUUUGGGGUUUUACUCCUCAGAUGACAACCCUGGCUACUGUAGCUGGGAUUGCUUUUUGGAUGAUGGAGGUCUUGAACAGUGAAGUGUGUGUGCGCGCGCAGUGUUGUCUUUGAUGUAACAAUUUUGGUCACUUUUUUGUAAUUCAAGUGUGUUGUCAAUAUAUAUAUAUUUUUUUAAACAAUUCAAUUAACUGGAAAUUAUUCUUCAUUAUUUUACUGUGGUUGAUUUGCAUGUUAUUUUGCUUUAAAUACAAAAUUCAAAAUUAUUUUUUUCAUAUUUGUAUUUUUUUUACAGUAUGGUCCC